CGCGCCUACACCUUUUGCCUUUUGGGUGUUUGUGGCGCACUCCCGAUGCGCGUCGGUGCUUCAACACCACCUCAGCUUCGGUGCCUCAUAACCACCUCGAAUCGUACAGCAGGUAGGUUCAACUCUCUGCGCGAUAGGUUUCCCUUGGUAGCCAUGUCGACCUUGCGAGCCCUCGUUGCGGGAGUGGCCGUUGCCUUCUUGAGCGCUGCUUUGCUUGAGCGAUGGUUCCGCGCGCAUCCUGAGGCCGGAACACCUCCUGUCCUGUAUCCUAGGAUUCCGUUCAUUGGGCACAUCAUUGGCCUCUUGACAGAGGGUGCAAACUAUUAUAAGAUAGCCAGUGCGCGCUGCAAACAGCCCAUCUACACGCUGCCCAUGCUCUCGUCACAAACCUACGUCGUCACCAGCCCCCACUUAGCCAACCACAUCCAACGGGCAUCGUCUACCCUCCUCUUCGAACCGAUAAUACUCCCUGUGACACAACGAAUGGUCGGCUUUUCCAACGCGACAGUCGAAGCUUUCCGCGAUCAGGAGGCAAAGAACGCAAAGAGACCAACCUUCCUGGACCGACUGCACAACGCAACGUACAGCUUGAUGGGCCCGGCGGAGAUCAGAAAUCAAGGCAAGGUUGUCCUGGAGCAAAUAAGCCAGCGGCUCAAUGCUCUGCCCGACUGCGAUAGGCCGUUGUUUGAGUGGUGUCGUGAUUUAUUCGCCCAAGUCACUAUCCACGCUUUCUACGGACCUGAAAACCCAUUUGCGCUGAAUCCAGCGCUGGUCAAGGACUACUGGGUGUGGGAACGUGACGUGAUUGGUGUGAUGGUAUCACCAAUCCCGCAGAUCACGAACAGGAAGGCUUAUCUCGCCCGCGAGAAGCUAGCGAAGACCAUGAUCGAUUACCUGGAAAGAAAGCGCUACACUCAAGCUAGUGCUGUCGUACAGGAGCGUAUUCGCCUGCACAUUGAACUCGGUGUCUCACUUGAAGAUAGAGGCCGUUCUGAAUUUGGCAUGCUUUUUGGGGCACUCGUAAACGGGGCCAUCACCGUCUUCUGGGUCUUGAACUACAUCCUGUCGCGACCGGACCUGGUGAAAGAGUUGCGUGCUGAGGUUGAGAAGAGUGCUUUUUCUGUAGACCACUCGACGAAGACUGCCAGUAUUGUUUACGAAGCAUUACGCACGGACUGCCCGCUCCUCAAUUCUGUCUUCCGAGAGUCGCUCCGCUUGAUCGCACCCAUGACCUCAGCUCGUUUCGUCACAGAGGACACUAUCGUGGCUGACACAUACAAGCUGCGCGCCCAGUCUGUAGUCCAAAUCGCUGGAGGAGUCAUGCACGAAGACGAGGAGGUAUGGGGUCCCGAUGCACGGGAGUUCAAUCCCCGGCGCUUCAUAUCCACACCCAAUGGCACUAAGACAGGCCCAGGGGACGCAGGAAAGCACAGUGUGCACUCUGCGGCCUUUCGUGGAUUCGGCGGCGGUACUGUCUUCUGUCCUGGUCGACAUUUUGCGCACAUUGAGAUUCUGUCUCUUGUCGCGGUCCUGUUGAUGGGUUGGGACUUCAAACCGCCGCAAGGCAAGGAUGCCAUCGAUUGGGAUCCACCAAAGGAUGUGAAACGCAUACCAAUUGGAGUUAUGAAGCCUCUCAAAGACGUGGUUGUGGCCAUGAACAGACGCGAGGAACUCCGAGACCUAACAUGGUCGCUAAAGAUGACAUAAACGGCCAUCUCGGUCGACGCAUCGCAACCCCGUCAGGGAGAAAACAGGCUUUCAUACGGAUGGGGUCUGUAUUGUGGCCUUGUGUACUGCACAAGCGGUUAAUGGAGGAGCUCAUGUGCCAGACCUAGCUGCAGCUACUUGGAAGUUUAUUAUUGGCCUAGUUUCAAUGACACAAGGUGAUCUGUGUGAGACCACUAUCCCAUCUCAUCGCUCCGACCUCAGCGCGGGAGCUUAUGUACCCCACACACGGCCUUGAGCCUCAGCAGGCUUGCGACUGCACUGUAUGCUAUAUUUGUGCGGUGAAUCCCUAUGAAAAGUUCAUGUGCGAGCAUCAGAGUGG